AUUUUUGCAAACUCUUCUGUUCGCAAGUUUUUCGCGAACAGAAGCAUUUGUGAACCGAGAUAUCACUGUAUUUGUAAAUCAUUAAUAGAUAGGGGUCACCUUUUAAAAUUAUGGACAGUCUUGAGGCACCCCAUUCUAAAAUGUGAAAAACUAUUCUAAUAGUUUUGUAUAACGCAGCAACAUCCACACAUGUAGGACACCCAACAUUAGAGGUGAUUUAUUCUUCCAAAGCAAAUACAC